AUGGACCCCGAGAUAAAGCGAAAACGCACCCCAAAGACCAAACUAAGUGCAGCCAAGAAGCCUCGAAAAGGGCCUACCGAAGAAAUCACCCCAGCUUCAAUCCCAAUUCAAUGGCCACCACACUUCAAGAACCUCCAAAAACUUCACGAAGCCUUAAACCUCACAUACACCUUUUGUGCGCAACGUAAACAUGUCGCGACGACCUUUGAUAUGCUAAAAUCUGCCGUCGAGGGUCAGACAAAGAUGGAAUUGACCGUCGAGGACGUUGCACAAAUGAAGUUUCUUGCGCCGAAGUGUUUGCGGUUUUCGUAUGUCGAUGAGGAGUUGUUGCAAUUGCACGUUAUGGGACAGGCGAAAGACAUAUACGAAGACGGGAAGGAGACACUGGGGAUGGUCUUAUUCCUGGAGUUCCUGGAUGGGGAAAUCAAUCAGAGGAGCGGGAAGACACCGGCAGUUUCUCAGAAGGCAGUUUUGGCACUUAUAAAGAGACGGAAUGAGAGGUUUGUUGCAGCAGUGAACAAAUUUUUAAAGGGCUGUGCGGAGAAGGAGGUUGAUGCUGUUGGGCUCCUCAUGGAUGGAUGUCACGAGCAUGUUCCUAGAUUGCCGGGGCAUCCGCAGCCAAGCUCCCAGGAAUCACUGCCCACGAGGGGUAAUUCCGAUAUUCCCAAGGAACGCAAGCCAAUUGCGGAAAUCAUCGAGGAAAUUAAAGGCUUGGACCUUUAUCGUGAACAGAUCGUACCGAACGGGCACAGGGUGAUACCUCCACAGGAGGCUGCGUUUGGGGAUCUCAAAUUUCUACUUUCGCAGGCACUUGUUAACGCGUUGUAUACUGCACACAACGUUACUCGAUUAUACGCUCAUCAAGUGGAAGCAAUUAAUAAUUUAUGUGAUGGACAUAGUGUUAUCGUUUCUACGUCUACUUCUUCCGGGAAGUCGUUAAUUUACCAGAUUCCAAUCCUGCAUAUGAUGGAACAGAGUGCCCGCGCAAGGACUAUGGCGAUUUUCCCGACUAAGGCGUUGGCGCAAGAUCAGAAGAGGAGUCUUGUGGAAGUGUUGGGAUACAUGACGGAUGUUCUCGGCGAAGUAGUAGUUGAUACCUAUGAUGGAGACACAGAGCUGGAAGACAGAGACAGGGUGCGACAAGAAGCCCGGGUAAUAUUUACUAACCCGGAUAUGCUACAUUGCAGUAUAUUGCCGAAUAAGGAUAGAUGGAAGGAGUUUCUCCAGAACUUGAAAUACGUAAUUGUUGACGAGUUGCAUGUUUAUAGCGGAUCUUUUGGAUCCCACACUGCAUUUAUCAUGCGAAGGCUCCGGCGGGUAUGUGCCUCGUUUGGUAAUACCAAGGUACAAUUCGUAUCUUGCUCAGCAACUGUUGCCAAUCCCGAAGCUCACAUGCGGACUAUCUUUGGAGUCGGUUCUGUUAAGUUAACUGACGUGGAUGGAUCUCCCGCCGGUAGGAAAGAGUUCCUUUGCUGGAAUUCACCAUACAAAGACCCCGAAAAUCUAUCGCUCGGGCGUGUGGAUCCAGUCAUGGAGACCGCCAGGUUAUUUACGCAGUUGAUAUUACGUGGUAUUAGGGCAAUUGCCUUUUGUAGGGCGAGGAACGCUUGCGAGCUGCUGGUGAAGGAGGUCAGGAGUGAGUUCGCAAGACUGGGGCGUCCGGAGGUUGCGCCCAGAGUUAUGGCUUAUAGAGGAGGAUACACCCCGCAAGAUAGAAGGCGGAUAGAGAAGGAAAUGUUUGAAGGGCAUUUGCUAGGCAUCGUGGCAACAAGUGCAUUGGAGCUGGGAGUGGACAUCGGCAGCUUAGAUGCCGUUAUUAUGGUCGGAUUCCCACACUCAAUAUCCAGCCUACGCCAGCAAAGUGGGCGGGCCGGGAGAAGAAACAAAGAUUCACUCUCAAUUCUAGUAGCAGGUUCAACCCCCCGGGACCAAUUCCACAUGGACAACCCCGACGAGAUAUUCACCAAACCAAAUGCCGAGCUUCAGGUCGACUUGGAGAACCCCGUAAUCCGUGAAGGCCAUCUUCAGUGUGCUGCCUACGAAGUUCCCAUAAACCUGCUGGAAGACCACCAAUACUUUGGGCCUAACCUCGAAGGUUUCGCCGAAUCCAAACUAGCCCAGAAAAACGCUGGAUCGUACCACCCUCACGAAAGCUACCUUCCCUAUCCAUCCAAACACGUCUCCAUCCGAGAAGGUCCUGACCUAGAAACACACAUAUCCGUAAUAAAUACUACAAACCACACCAACCAAAUCAUCGAAACCCUAGACCCAGAUCACGCGGCAUUCACCCUCUACGAAGGCGGUAUAUUUCUCUCUCAGGGGAAAACAUACAUCGUCAAGAACGUCAAUCUGAGUAGCAGGUACGCAGCUGUGGAAAGCCUAACAGUAGACUGGACCACAACACCGCAGGACUACACCGACAUAGACCCCAUCGAAACCGCCGUCGUGCACAUAAUUCCGGAGUCCCUGUCGAAGGCGUUUUACGGCACCAUCCGCAUUCACACCGUUAUCUAUGGAUUUCUCAAAAUUGAUAGAGCGAAGCGGGUCCUCGACGCCGUGGAAAUUGACUCCCCACCCAUUACCAAAUUGGCGAAGGGGAUGUGGCUGGAUGUGCCGGUGUCCGCACUAGACAUCUUAACGCUUAAAAAUAUAGAUGCUGCAGCGGCGGUGCACGCAGCUGAACAUGCAGUCUUGAAUCUCUUUGGGAAUUUCGUUACGAGCGUGUCGGGGGCUGUCAAGACGGAAUGUAAGAGUGCUGUUAAGAGUGAAGAGCCUGAGGGAAAAGGAAAGGGGAAACCCACAUUGAAGAAGAAGCGUAGAACACGUCCGGCUAGGUUGAUUUUUUAUGACGCGGGGGCGACGGGAAUGUAUACCUUCCGGGCGUUCGAGUCCGUCCAUGUUUUGCUCAAGCAGGCGGUUGAGAGGAUGGAAAGGUGUGCAUGUUUAGAUGGAUGUUUUGAAUGUAUUGCACCUGAACGUUAUUAUUCAAGGCUUGGAUUGCUGAUAGAAUAUUGUAUAGGCAUUAGGAGCGAACACUGUCAAGAAAGAAACGCACUUAUUUCUAAACCUGGCGCGCACGUUAUCCUUCGGAAGAUACUGGGGUUGGAAGUGGAUCUUGAAAAGGUUCCGGAUGGAUCUGUAGAUGGGAAAGGUGCUGUCUCGAGGAACAAGGUGAUUCUUGCUGUGGAGAUUGAGACGGGCGAGGCUUCGAGGUGA